AUGAGAUGCAACUUUCAGCAAAGUUUAAAAAAAAUUCUUCCAAAGUGUUUAGCAGUUCCCUGGGUGGCAGUGUCGAACCACUUAGAUAUCCCUCCAGUAAUAACACACUGCAGUUAUGCCCUUUACAACUGGCGAUACAUCGACCCCAACCGACCUCGUAAUAUGGACAACUUAGAAAUUUCUGUUAAAAUGACGGGAUCAUGGACUGAGGAUGGAUUUGUAAAAGUUCCACUUCAAGUGGAGUUAGAUUUUGGGAAAGGAUAUCAUGUAAGGCUUUGGCACUGUGUUUGUAAUAAAUAUCCGAAUUUUAACUGGAGCCUGGCAGAUGGCCAUAUAUCUCAUUACUUUGGCCUUUAUUUCUGUAUGAUGAGAUGCAACUUUCAGCAAAGUUUAAAAAAAUUGCUCUGUGCAACUAAAACCGGCAAUAAGCACUGGCUUGAUCGGCUACUUGGCUUGUAUGCACACUUUACCUUUUUUACAUUCCUUGGUUUGGCAGCUCAGUUAACUAGCAUUUUUCCAACCCUAGAUAUCCCUCCAGUAAUAACACACUGCAGUUAUGCCCUUUACAACUGGCGAUACAUCGACCCCAACCGACCUCGUAAUAUGGACAACUUAGAAAUUUCUGUUAAAAUGACGGGAUCAUGGACUGAGGAUGGAUUUGUAAAAGUUCCACUUCAAGUGGAGUUAGAUUUUGGGAAAGGAUAUCAUAGUAUCAUUGAAGGACAGGAGUCUGUUGUGAACGGUGACAGCACAGGAGUGUUGAAAGCCUUGAUGUCACUUGGAGAAACAAUAGUAAAACUCAAGACAUCUUUCCUACGAAUUUAUGAUGUUUGUGAUCCUGAUGAAUUUUAUCACAGUCUGCGGCCCUUUCUUGCUGGGUGGUAUGGCAAUCCAGUUCUACCAGAUGGCCUUGUCUAUGAGGGUGUGAGUGAGACACCAUUACAAUAUUCUGGAGGAAGUGCAGCAGAGUCAUCAGUUUUUCAAGUUCUUGAUGCAGCAUUGGGCAUCUUACAUUCCAAAGAUACAGAUGGUGACCAAUUUUUACAUCGAAUGCGUUACUACAUGCCUCCUAAACAUCGUGCAUUUAUAGAGGCUGUAUCAAAUGGACCAUCCAUCAGAAACUUUGGUGAAUACAUCAUGAUUCCAGCAAACAGAGGGAAAGACAGUAAGGAGCGAGGAAUGGCCUUGAAAGGCACUGGAGGGUCAGGAAUAAUAAGUUUCCUCAAGCAGGUUCGAAAUGAAACUGCUAGCGCUAUUAGUAGUAAUAACAACAUUGACAAACAUUCAUCACAAGAUUCACAGAAACAAGUUAAUGGAAUUUCCAAUGGUAUACAUUAAUUAAAAACACACUUGUUUUACAGAACCAAUCUUAUCUCCUGAGGCCCAGGCUCUAUGAUCAGUACCUGACUCGGUGUGGUCUGGUUAUUAUUUCAAUAUAAUUAUUCAAUUUUAAUUGUAGACAUCAGUCAGCUGAACAACCCUGCACCCUCAAUUCUCAUAAGCGGCCUCCUACAGUAAGCAAUCACUUUUGCAAAAACAAAGAAAAUUUCCUGUCAGAUCACAACCUCUUGUCAGACUGACCACUCACAGGUAAGUCCUGUGAGGGCUGAUGGUUUGGCCACUUGUCAAAUGGUCCGAUUACACUGUGGGAAAAACUUAAAUAUAACAAUACUGCAUGUGAAUAUUCUUAUUUAUUGGGGGAAAAAUUGUUA